UUCAUCAAGGUCUUUAAUGGUAUUUCAAUAAUUUCACUUAUCAAUGUUUACAACAAUUUUACAAUUGCAUUUUCAACAUUCAAAAUGUCUCAAAUAAAAAAUCCUCAUCUUGCAUUAUUCGUAAUUUUUUUGAGCAUUCUGAGUUAUCGAUCAUGCACCGAACGUUCACCUCAAGACAUACAACGAGUGAUAGAUGCCUUGGUACCUGUAUAUCUUCCAGGACCUCCUGAAGAGAUCCUCGAAGUACAAUACCCUAUGAAUUUAAGCGCCGAUCUAGGUAACACAAUGUACUACGAAUGGAUCAAACCAAGACCUAACCUUACGUGGAGUUGCAACCCUAAUGAAGGGUACACUUUGAUAAUGAGCAAUCCCGAACAUGUCGAUAAAGAUAUAUCUAUUUAUAAACUUGGAUCGGAUUUCGCUUGGUUUGUCAUCAAUAUACCUGGUUGUGAUAUCGACAAAGGCAAUAUAAUAUUCGACUACGAAGUACCCAGACCACAUUAUGGACUCGGAAGGCAUUUUUAUAUUUACGCAGUUUUCAAACAACCAGUAAAAUAUAUUCAGGAGCCACCAUUACGCAAUGAGUAUUCCAUCGAACGAAUGAGAUUUGACUUUGAUAUCAAGGAAUUCGCCUUCAAUAAUAGUUUAGGAAAUCCUUUUGCUGUUAAUUUUAUUAAGCUGAAUGGAACCCUUUCCGAGCAUUUGGAUUCCUCGACUGAAGAACAAUUUUACGAAGAUGAAGGUAAAUCGUACGAAUCUCACGUAUUAAACAGUAAAGAAUUAUUCUUCUGAUCAAAUUACAAAUAAUAAUCAAUUUUAUACCAUUUAAUAAAAUCUUCAUCUCAAUUUUUU